AUGUCCAACACAAACUCCGUCCUUCGCCUGCUGGUUCUCGCUCUGCUGUGCGCCCUCGCCCUCGCCUCGACGAUGCCCGUCUCCAAGCGCCAGGCGAACCGGGAAAGCAUAAUCAAGCGCAGCCGGACCAAGGCCGUCCUCGCUGAGAUCCGCGCUCGCAGUCCCACCGCCGUCAGGCGUGCUGGUAGCGCCACCUCGCCCGCCCCUGUCCCCGCCUGCAAUGCUGGCCUCCAAACCGGAUACGCCCAUUAUGCGAACUGGGACUUGCCGGGCCGGGGUGGCACAUCUGAACCCGUCGAUAUCCAACAGACCACUGCUACGUCCGAGGCGGAUUGUCAGGCGAAGUGCGAUGCCGCCACGGGUGCCAACGGCGCGACAUGUGUGGGGAUCUUCUGGUGGCCUGCAAACAACGGAUUCUGCUCCUUGAAGAACUCGAAAUACACCUACAUGGCAAGCGACUUCCAGCAGAACGGGGCAUCGGCCGCUUCGGGAUCGGCGACCGAUAUGCUGGGCAGUUGCGCAUACUGGCGCCAAUUUGUCCCUGCUGCCAUGGAUGCUGUGUGCUGUCAGUCGUAG